GCUUUCGUUUGUUUGUGUUCGCGUCUGCGUCGUGCGCAGUACGGGGUUGCUCAGCUUCGAGGCAGAGCCAGCGGAUUUGUGCGAUCUGGGCAUCGUUUCUAAGUAAAAUUGUGAGUGUGUGAUACAGUUCUGCGUAAGCAGGCCAAGAUGAGCAUCGCAUAUCUACUACAAGCAGCAGAAUAUCUUGACAGGCGAGAACGAGAAUCGGAACAUGGUUACGCUUCCCCGAUGCCAAUUCCAGAAGAUCAUGCAGAUCUCGUUAGAAGGCACAGAACUGGGAAACCAGCACAUCAUAAAAAGACUAUGGCUUACACGGGGAUGAGAUCCUCUCACAACGAAUUGGAAAAGAACAGGCGAGCACAGUUGAGGACCUGUCUGGAGCAGCUCAAGCAAAUAGUACCCGUAGGGGCGGAUUCUAGUCGGCACACCACUCUCGGUCUUCUCAUGAAGGCAAAGUCCUUCAUACGGAACUUGGAAGAAAAGGAUCGGAGGCAAAUGAACGCUAAGGAGCAGCUGCGCAGAGAACAUCGCCAUCUACAGGGCAGGUUGGAGCAGCUGCAGCAGCAGACGGGCAUGACAAUUGAGCAGCUUGCUCUACGAGACCGCACCAUUAGUGAAUCGAGUAAUUCUACAGCCAGUACUGCCUCGUUGAACUCCUCCGAAAUGGACGAGGUUGAUAUAUUGUCGUACAACGACAAUGCUUCGGACACGGACGACCGCAGCAGCGUGCAGUCGAGCAACAGCGACGGCGGCUGCGCGAUCAACACCAGGAAGCUGUCGCUCGCCGACCAUUCCUCGUGAUCGGGAGUGCCACUGUCACCCGCGCUGCUGCUGCUACCGCCCAGGUUCACGUUUCUGCAUUGGUAGAUUUUCCCCAAUGCCUAAUUCGACGGACCUUCUAGACAAGCAACCUGUAUGUAGCAACAUAGCACUGCAUAUCGUCAUUGCAGACCCGUUUUAAAGAUAUCGGUGACAGAGAGGCGUCUGACGACGACGCCUCGGCUUGAAACAAGUGAACGUACGGGGCGUGGCGUGAAAGGCAGGCUUUUGCUUGGACGUAUCCAUACACUUCCCUGACAGAACCAACAGUCGCGAGUUCGCUUUGGUGUUUAUGUUCGUUCGAUCCUUUUAAUGAAACUGAAACGGCCGCCGAUUAAUCCAUUUUAGUCCGCCUAUGAUAUUUUAGUCCGCCUAGAUCCCGUGAGCGCGCUUUGCAAUGUUUAAUUUAUUCGUGGCUAGGUUUGCGAGCGCACGCAGGUAUUCGAAUCUACUCGAGUUGUCGUAGCUGAGAAAUCAAUUCCUGUGCUACUCAUCCAUCCCGAUUCUGUCCAUAUAUGUGUGUGUCAAGUUGUACAAUAUUAUAGAUUAGGCAGGUUUAGAGAACACUAGUGAAUCAGUAGGCUGUGAGUCUGUGACAGGCAGGUCCGGGGGUGAAGUGAGGUAGCAGUGGGGAAUGCACCCUUAUGAGGUCGGUGGUGAUUCCAUUCUGAGGUGGGCAAUGUUCCAUUAAAGAGAAGGGCAUGGUUUUGGAUGGGGCAGAGUUUCUUGUGGUCAGGGUCGUGGGAGAGGAGAUGUGGGUGUGCUGCAGAUAUAUGACUGGAUUUCUUAAAAUAGAAAACUUUUUGAGUUUUAAAAUCCUAACACGAUUGCCCACGCGUUGUAUAGCUCCCUGAGCCGAUGGGGCUAGAGGUUCGGUUUCGCAUCGAGUUGCAUGUACGUAACGAGGAAAAGCAUCCGCCGCGUAUGCGUGCG